AUUCCGAAGGAGAAUAAUUAGUUUAGCCGCGCUCUCCUACGGGAAAAGGGUACAAUGGCGACCCGAUACAGAUAAAAAAAAGAAACUAAGAUUUUAAGUUGAGCAAAUGGGUAAUCGUAAACUUAAGUUAUUGCUAUUAUUUAUUGGAAUUUUUGUUUUAGUUGAAUUGACAUUGUUUUGUUAUCAGCAAUUUAAAGAUAAGGAAGAAAAAAAAGUCGUGGAGGAAAUUGGAGUAAUAGUUGCCCAGCGAGGAAAUAAUUUGCCUGUGAAUGUAAUAGUCAAUCCGAAGCCUUAUUCUUCUCGUAGUGAACUUUUUAAAUAUGUUUCACAAGAAAAAGUUAAUUCAUUGUUUUACCCAAUGAAGAAUUUCAUUAAAAAUAAAUUAGACGCUUGUGAAAAUUUAGCGAACCUUCAUAUAUGGCACGAAAUAUGUGGUAUUGAUGUAAAAAAUUUAAAGUUGUAUCCACUUUAUCCACACUUGCCUGUAAUAAGAGAUACUGUAAAUAAGUUAGACUUUAAUAACAUUUCACCAUUAUUUGGAAUUAGAAUUUUUGGUUAUCUUGAAGUAAAAAACAAUGGUUUAACCCAGUUCUUUCUUAGUACUGUUGAUAUAAGUAUCGAAGUUUAUUUAAGUCUUGAUUCUCCAAACAAUUCGUUUUUGAUUUGCUAUCAAAAUCACUUAACAAAACAGGUUAAUACUUUGUCAGAUGAAAUUUAUUUAAACAAAGGGAAAUAUUUUUUUGACAUACUUGGUAAGACUGGUAUUAAAGUCGGAAAGUUUUCAUUAAAAUGGAAACAAUCAAGUCUUAUGUCAACAUUUAGUGAAAUAUCUAGUGAACAUUUAAGUUGCUUUUUUAAUGAAACAGGUUCUAAAAAAACAUCUGUUAUACUUGAUUAUAAAGUGCCGGAAGGCCUACCAUCAUUAUUUCAUAAAAAAAAACUUUCUGAACUUUAUUCUACACCAGAAGAUUUUAUAAGAAGUACAAUUUUUACUAUUCCUCUAAUACCAGAAGAAGAUACAUUAGAUUUAUUUCCUGAUUGUAAAUACUCUCCAUCAUAUAUAGUUCAUGAAGAAAUUUCACAGUACUUGGGCAUUUGGGAACUUCAUUACACAAAGGUGUUUCCCAAAGACAAUACUGAGGUAUUUUAUAGACUUGACACAAAUGAAAACCAAAUCAUAUUUGGAAAUGACAUUGUUUUAGAGAGUACUGCACAUAAUAUAGUUAAUCAGGUAAUGGCUGCAAUAAAGAAAAAGCAUAAAAACAAGUACUCAUUGUCGACAAUUUUAAAUGUUGAAGAAAACAAUGAUGUUGAGAAAGGAAGUCGUUUUCUUGUUGAAUUGGAGUUAAUAAAUAAUGAUUUAUCAAAAAAAGUAAGAUUUUCACAAUAUGUGUAUUUGUUUAACAACAUCACUAAGUUAUGCUACCCUGAAAACUUUCAAUGGAAUAAAACUGCUGAUGUCAAUGUUAUAUUAACUCUUGGAAAUCAAGGUCGUUGGGCAAAGCACUUCAUUAAUACAAUGGCAGAAGUUUUUGAAGAAACAAAAGAUAUUAAUUUAAAUGUAAUUAUAGUUGAUUUUAAUAGUCAGGAUAUUGAUAUGAUCCAAGCUCUUGAGCAAAGCUCUAUACCUAGAUACACUCUUAUUAAACACACUGGAAAGUUUCAUAAAACUCUUGCUAUUCAAGUUGCUGCCAACACCAUUAUUAAUCCUAAUGCAAUCACAUUGCAAGUUGACCUGCACUUAACUAUUCCAUCAGGUUUCAUUGAUCUUGUUCGAAAGCAUACUGUUCAAGGAAAAAUGGUUUGUAGUCCAAUUGUGUUGCGAUUACAGUGUGGUGCUAAUCCGCAAGCGCGUUACGGUUUCUGGGAAUCAGCAGGUUAUGGAAUAUUUGGUGCAUAUAAAUCAGAUUGGAAUAGGUUUGGCGGAAUGAAUACUGAGAAGUUUAGCAUAAGUUGGGGUGGAGAAGAUUGGGAACUGCUUGAUACUGUUUUAAAAGCUGGAUAUGAAGUAGAACGAUUUAAAGUAAAAAACUUCAAUCAUGUUUUUCACACAAAAAAAGGAAUGUGGGAUUACUCAAAAACUACGUAAACUGAUUAAUA